AUGGCGCGGGUUCCUCUGAUCGGGAGGCUUUUUUGGUAUGCAUCUGACCUGCAGUCCUCGCGAGGUACCCGGUACCUGGCCAAGUCGUGGCAACCUAACACAAAACUCUCCAGGUUCGAGUACCUGGCACUGUUUGGAUCGCUGAUACUUGUGUUACUCGAGACAAUUAUUCAUCUUAUUACCUUCUGCUUGCCAACGCCGAUCAUUCGCUUCUGUUACGAACAAUCCAAGUCCCUGUUCAACGUCUUGAUCCCAACUGAAAAUCGCUACAAGCGCUCGAAAGAGGAGACGUUCGCUGGUUCGGUCGCCGAGGCGUCUGAUUUUACCGACAUCUGCGCCCUCUUUGGAUACGAGGCGGAGGAACACAUUGUCCAGACGAGUGACGGAUACCUACUGGGAUUGCACCGAUUGGCAUACCGCAAGGGCGAGGAGGGAAGGCGGGUCAACCAAGGGCCCGGGGGCCUUAAUAAGAAAGUUGUCUACCUCCACCAUGGUCUUCUCAUGUCCAGCGAGGUCUGGGUUGCCUUAACAGACGAGCAACGAUGCCUCCCCUUCCAACUGGUUGAAAAGGGAUACGAUGUCUGGCUGGGUAAUAACCGGGGCAACAAGUACUCCAAGAAAUCGGUCCAUCAUUCACCAGGCUCGAACGAAUUUUGGGAUUUCUCGAUCGAUCAGUUCGCUUUCCACGAUAUUCCUAACAGCAUCGAGUACAUCCUCGAAGUAACGGGCCAGCCGUCGCUCUCAUAUAUCGGAUUCUCCCAGGGAACCGCACAGGCAUUUGCAACUCUUUCCAUCCAUCCGCUUCUGAAUCAAAAGGUUGAUGUGUUUGUGGCCCUGGCUCCCGCAAUGGCCCCAUCGGGUUUGCGAAAUCGCAUUGUCGACUCGCUGAUGAAAGCUUCUCCGGAUUUCCUAUUCUUGCUUUUCGGCCGGCGCAGCAUCCUCUCCUCGACAACAAUGUGGCAGACAAUCCUCUACCCGCCAAUCUACGUCCGGAUCAUCGACACGGCGUUGGCAGCCUUGUUCAACUGGCAGUGCCGCAACAUCGCCCGCACACAGAAACUUGCCGCCUAUCACCACCUUUACUCCUUCACGAGCACCAAGUCCGUGGUGCACUGGUUCCAAAUCAUUCGCAACAAGAGCUUUCAAUUCUACGAUGAUGAAAUUCAUGCUCCCUUCAGCAUUGUCGCAAGCGAGCGGUUUUACAAGCCAGUCAAAUACCCAACCCGGAACAUCAAGACCCCCAUUGUGCUUCUUUAUGGCGGCAGCGACAGUCUCGUUGAUAUCAACGUGAUGUUGCGAGGUCUUCCAUGUGGGACUGUGGCCAGGGAAUUUCCCACCUACGAGCAUCUCGACUUCUUGUGGGCAACAGAUGUUGACCGCCAAGUGUUUGGCCAUGUAUUUGCUGCGCUUGAGGCUCAUAGCCGUGAUGUUGCUGCUCCGGGGUUGACCCCACCUGAACCAAAACUCACCGAUGGUCGUGCAUUUCCUGAUGGACUUGCCUCGAACACCUCUAUUCAACGAGCGAAGGUCAAGGACACCGCUUUUGGAGGCACUAGAUAA